AUGGACCCCGUGAUCAACCCUUCAGAUCCGGACUGGGCCACCAUCUCUGAUCAAUACAAGAACAUUGACACCAAGUCGUUCAGACAGUACGAACUUGCCUGUGACAGAGUCAAGCAGUUUUACGAGGAGCAGCACGAGCUGCAGACGGUUGCAUACAAUAUCCAGGCAAGGAUUAACUUUAAGACCAAGACUAGAGCUAGAAUGACAAUAUGGGAAGGUUUGGAGAAGCUCAAUAAGUUGUUGGACGACUCAGAUCCCGACACAGAGCUCUCACAGAUCGACCACGCACUACAGACCGCCGAGGCCAUUAGAAGAGAUAAUCGUCCAAGGUGGUUCCAGCUCGUGGGGUUGAUCCACGAUCUUGGCAAGCUUCUCUAUUUCUUUGAUUCCAAGGGCCAGUGGGACGUGGUGGGUGAUACUUUUCCUGUGGGAUGCAAGUUCCUGAAGAAGAUAAUAUUUCCUGAUAGCUUCAAACAAAAUCCCGACUUUUUCAACCCAUUAUACAACACCAAAUACGGUAUUUACUCCAAACACUGUGGUUUGGACAAGGUUAUGCUAAGCUGGGGCCACGACGAGUACAUGUAUCACGUUGCGAAAAAGAGCUCAACUCUUCCUCCAGAAGCGUUGGCGAUGAUCCGGUAUCACUCGUUCUAUCCCUGGCACCAGGAGUAUGCCUACAGCUACCUCAUGGACGAGCACGACAAAGAAAUGUUGAAGGCAGUCAAGGCAUUCAACAGGUACGACUUAUACUCAAAGACGGACCAACUGUACGACGUGGAGGAGUUGAAACAGUACUACUUGGAAUUGAUCGACGAGUACUUCCCCGACAAGGUGAUUGAUUUUUGA